AUGGCAGCGAACGGGCACACAAAAAUAUUUUGCACUUACCUAUUUUUGUGCGUUAUAGGCCUAAUUCUGGGCCUGGGCGGGGUGAUCGCGGUAUCAGCCAUUCCCAAUGGCCGUGUAGUCGGCGGUGUUGCUGCCACCGCUAACAGCGCACCCUACAUAGUGUCGAUGCAGUAUCAGGGAACCCACUACUGUGCCGCGAGCAUCAUUAACCAGAACUGGCUAAUAACGGCGGCCCAUUGUCUGACCAACAGCGCUCAGGUGCUGCAGAGUACUUUGGUUGCGGGCAGCAUAUACGUGGCGGGAACGGCCAGCACCACUCAAAAACGUACUAUCACUUACUUUAUCGCCAACGAUCUUUAUACUGGCGGUACAGCGCCAUACGAUAUUGGUCUAGUCUAUACACCCACUAGCUUUGUGUGGUCAGCAGCCGUCGCACCCAUUUCUCUGCCAACAGCUGGAGCUGUGCCAACAGGAUCUGCCAAUCUAUAUGGCUGGGGCAGCACUUCCACCACCAAUACUGCGCAAUAUCCCAGUGUCCUGCAAGUUGCCGCCAACAUUCCGAUAAUCACUUUAAGCGCAUGCGAGUCCGCUUUGGGCCAGCAAGGAACUAGUGUGCAUUCGACCAACUUGUGCACGGGUCCACUUACUGGCGGGGUCAGCAUUUGCUCCUCUGAUUCCGGUGGUCCUUUGGUUCAGAACAACGUUUUGAUUGGCAUUGUUUCGUGGGGUAAGCUUCCCUGUGGCCAAGCGAACUCCCCCUCGGUGUAUGUGCAAGUUUCUUCCUUCACAACAUGGGUAGCUGCAAACCAGAAACUGCCAAGCAAAUAAUUGUGUUUCCCUCCUUUUCUGUUACACAACAAAACAAUUGUGGAAAUAUAUACGAAUAUGUGAAUACCAA